CUCUCUCUCUGUCUCAGUUUCUUUGGUACCCUCGGCCUUGCUUUCCUUUCCUCGGUCUGUGUACUUGGUUCUUCUCCCUUCGUAGCAAUUUCAGCCUUUCAGAUCUCUAAGAAAAAAAAAGUGUGGAUUACUUGUUUUGCAGUUCCAAGAUGAAUACCAAAUCUAGAGCCAGUUUGGCCACUCUUUUUCUCUUGUUCCUUCUGUCCCCAAUGGUGUUUUCCAUGCCCAAUAAUGGGCUGAUCCGAAUUGGACUGAAAAAGCAAAAAUUGGACCAAAGCAACCGACUUGCUGGACAAAUUGACUCUAAGGAGCGGGCGACACUAAGAGCUCCUAUCAGAAAAUAUUAUUUCCGUGGGAAUCUUGGUGACUCUGAGGAUACUGGUAUUGUUGAGCUAAAGAACUACAUGGACGCUCAGUAUUUUGGUGAGAUUGGGGUUGGCACGCCUUCUCAAAAGUUCACUGUGAUAUUUGACACAGGAAGUUCUAAUCUCUGGGUGCCCUCGUCAAAGUGUUAUUUCUCAGUUGCUUGCUUUUUUCACUCCAAGUACAAGUCCAGCCAAUCAAGUAGCUACCACAAGAAUGGUAAAUCUGCUGAGAUCCAUUAUGGAACAGGGGCAAUUUCAGGUUUCUUUAGCCAGGACCAUGUAACACUUGGUGAUCUGGUUGUUAAGAAUCAGGAUUUUAUUGAGGCAACCAGAGAGCCCAGCAUCACAUUCUUGGCAGCCAAGUUUGAUGGUAUACUUGGACUUGGAUUUCAAGAGAUCUCUGUUGGGAAGGCUGUUCCUGUCUGGUAUAAUAUGGUCAAUCAAGGUCUUGUAAAUGAGCCAGUUUUUUCAUUUUGGCUAAACCGCAAUAUUGAAGGGGAAGAAGGGGGUGAGAUUGUGUUUGGUGGGAUGGAUUCUGAUCAUUACAACGGUGAGCACACGUAUGUUCCUGUGACUCAGAAAGGUUAUUGGCAGUUUGAUUUGGAUGAUGUACUAGUUGGUGGUGAAACAACUGGAUUUUGCGCUAAUGGUUGUUCAGCAAUUGCCGACUCCGGAACCUCUUUGUUGGCAGGCCCUACUACUGUUGUUACUCAAAUCAAUCAUGCGAUUGGAGCUUCUGGUAUUGUAAGCCAAGAAUGCAAGACAGUGGUUACUCAAUAUGGGAAAACCAUACUGGACAUGCUCGUAUCCGAGGCGAUACCACAAACAAUCUGCUCCCAGAUUGGUUUCUGUACUUUUGAUGGGACUCACGGUGUUAGCAUGGGCAUUGAGAGCGUGGUCAAUGAGAACAAAGAGAAGACAUCUGGUGGGGUGCAUGAUGCCAUGUGUACCGCUUGUGAGAUGGCAGUGGUAUGGAUGGAAAAUCAGAUAAAGAAGAAUCAGACAGAAGAUCAGAUAUUGGAUUAUGUCAAUCAGCUCUGUGACCGACUUCCCAGUCCAAAUGGAGAAUCAGCAGUUGAUUGUAGCAGUUUAUCUUCCAUGCCUGAUGUUUCAUUCACCAUUGGUGGUAAAGUAUUUGAUCUUGCACCAGAGCAGUAUGUUCUAAAAGUGGGAGAGGGAGUUGCAGCUCAAUGCAUCAGUGGAUUUAUUGCUUUGGAUGUAGGCCCUCCUCGUGGACCUCUCUGGAUUCUGGGGGAUGUUUUCAUGGGUCGUUAUCACACGGUAUUCGACUACGGAAAUUCGAGAGUCGGGUUUGCUGAAGCAGCUUAGAUCAAGCCUUCUAUAUUCUCGUUUGCCUCUUCAAUAAACAUACACAUGUAAAAAAACCUUUGUCUAAGUGGUGUUGUAAUAGAACUUGUCUAAGUGAUGGACCUUGGCCUUAAACUUGUUUUGUGUAAAUAUAUUAUGACAAUGUGCUUGUUAUUAUACAUAAAAGAAAAGGGUGGCACCUUAUGAAAUUAUUAUUCUCUUCUUA